GUCGCGGUUGUUCGUUUUGUCAAGUUCCGUUUCGUUGUGUAAGUUUCUUCCGCAGCGAGUGGCCACCAACAUCAUGUCUAUCCGCCGCGCAGGAACGAAAAGGGUGCCUCACGGCGCUCCUGGGGCCCCGAAACCCAAGACGACGUAUCAGGCGGUUCAGCAGGGCUUCAGGGAGUUGUACAAUCCUCAGAAAGAGACCGGUUCUGCCAUUGAUGUUGAUGUCGUCUUUGUGCCCGGACUAGGUGCUCACCCGGAGGAAAGUUGGAAGUCCGAGGCCGGGUUCAACUGGGCAACCGGAAUCUAUGAUGGCGUUACGAAGAGCUCAUCUGAAUCUGCCAGCAAAAAGGAUGGCUUGGCGAGGGACUUCCCCAAAGCACGCAUCCUCUUGUACCAGUAUGAAUCAGCAUGGGUUGGGGAUCUCAAAGUCAAGACUUUCUUGAGAGACAUUGCCAAAUCAAUGUUGGAAGGGCUGCAGGCAAAUCGUGAGGUAGGUUGAUUGUGUUGAAUUUUGAACCGUGGGGUCGGUCUAAUCUGAGAG